CGAGAGAACAUCCGGGGGCUAGGUCCCACUUGCACCAAUUAUGCGAAAUUGACCGUCGAUAGGGAAGAUCAACGGCCGAAAUCUCCUAAUCCGUGCAAGCGGGACCUUGCCGCUAAAGCCCCGGGGGCUGCUCCCGACCUGCAGGUGGCGGAUACCGGCCAGGGGACAGCCGGUAGCAUCAGGGACCAUGCCAACAGGAUCAAUCCCUGUGCCUCCCCUCAGGUGGUGGUCCCCUCCCUUACGAACAUCAGCAGACUCUGCUCAAUGCCGAUCGGGGGAUCCAGUGGUCUAUCUCUAGGUGGCGGGCGCCAAGCAUGCCCCAGGAAGGUACAAUAUGAGAAUUGAACCCCCGACCUCCUGAAUGCCACUUGCAAGCCUUACCGAUACCAACUGGAUUCGUCCACACAUCCUUCUUUUCCCUCCCGCACCCCUCUUUCGAUCGUGUCGGUGUUCGCCAGGGUCGUGAAUGAGGUCUGAGGUGGUCAGUCAUAUCCCGCCUCGUUAGCUGAUCAAUCAAGCGAUUUGCAAACGAGCUGGAAGGUUGUGAGAGGAACGCGCUUGUUGUUUUUCCCACGAACCCACUCCCCUUCCGCUUGUUCCUGAUGCGUGCAGAUCUUGCCCAGGCCAGUCUCCCCUCUCCCCAUUACAACCGCACACACAAGUCAAUCAAUCAUUCACGCUCACCCACGCUCGCUUUCUCGCAGUGGCACAGGCGCACACAGUCUCUACCCUACUCUGUAUAAUGACCGUACUCUUUUGGCUUCGGGGGAAGAUGUUAGCAAACCAUGACAGAUUCACCGAGAAGAGUAGCAGGAUGGGGGGCCCCCGGGCGCACUCCACGAACAUUGGAAGAUCCAUCCUGCUUCGUGUCGGGGAGAUCCCGACGAGACGAGACAUAGAGCUUGCGGGUUUAGAAGUCUAUAUGAAGGUGGCAACGGGGACAGCACCAGCAGGAGCCGCUGCAGCCCCAGCUAUCACUCUGACUGAUACUGCUCUCAACCAUUUGAUGAAGUUGAAGGAGGGCCAGAAUAACAAAGAGCUGUGCCUGAGAGUGGGAGUUCGCCAAGGGGGCUGUUCUGGGAUGUCCUAUGUCAUGGACUUUGAAGAUAGGGCAAAGAUCAGAGCGGAGGAUGCAGUUAUUGAUUAUGAAGGCUUCACAAUGGUUUGUGACCCCAAAAGCUUGCUCUACCUCUUCGGGAUGCAACUUGACUACAGCAAUGCGCUUAUUGGUGGCGGCUUCUCCUUCAGCAAUCCAAAUGCGUCAUCUACCUGCGGCUGCGGCAAAUCCUUUGCUGCGUGAGCCUCCCGUUUGGACCUCUUAAGCACAUCGCAGCAGUGCUGUCUGUGCAUUGCCUGUGUGUAUAUUCAAUCCUCUCUCUCUCUCUCUCUCUCUCUCUCUCUCUCUCUCUCUCUCUCUCUCUCUCUCUCUGCAUUGCCAGAAGGUUGUGGUGCACUGUGCUAGAGUUGUAGGGUAAAAGGAAAGAACUAGCUACUUUUGAGGCUGCCAUACCAACUUCAAAUUUCUGUAGAUGUCAAGGCUGUUGACUGUAAAGGAUAUCAGUCAUCUCACUAGGGGUGCUGCCAUACCAACUUCAAACUUGAAAAUAUCAACUUCAAAUGUCUGUAGAUGUCAUUGCUGCUGAUUGUAGAGGAUAUCAGUCAUCUCACUAGGGGCAGGACUCUGCUCUUGAACAACAGUCUAAAUUGCUGUCAGGAGGCUCUGGACAAGCGCUCAAGGAUCCCUUUCUGUGGCGCCAUUUAAAUGCAGUCUAUGUAUCUUAUGAAAACUGGGUGCACUGAUGGUGGUCGUGUAGAGGGAGGUGUGCGAGCAACCUUGCUUUGUUGUUGUGCCUGCCUGCUUGACGCAGAGCAAACAGUACCCUUUUAGGAGGAGAGGGGAAGCGAAGGGAGAGGAAAGGGGGGGGAAGGUAUUGGAGUGAAGAAAAGUCGAGAACCUUCCCUGUAGUGGUGUGCAUUCACUAUUAGCGUGUAAUAUUUGUUCAUCUUGUUGGAAUCGGGUUUUGUGAGCUAUUUACAGUGGUACCUGUGUAUACUUGCCGGAGUCAGUUAUCCUAUUGUUGAAAGCUGUUCUCAAUGGCGUACAUGCCCUCUUCUCGAUUGUGCUCUGUUCAUUCGCAAGC